AUGGAUCAGAAGAAAACAACAAAGGGUCGUCAAAAGAUAGCGAUAGAGAAAAUAGAGAAAGAAAACGAUUGCUACGCGACGUUCUCAAAGAGGCGGCAAGGAUUGUUCAAGAAAGCGAGCGAGCUCUCCACCUUAUGCGAGGCCGACAUCGGCCUCUUCGUCUUUUCUCCCACAGGAAAGCCCUUCUCCUUCUUCCACCCUUCCAUGGAGCCUGUUGUGUCUAGGUUUCUAUCAGGAGGCGGGGGCAGGGGCGACGACGCGUGUCGGCUGGCUGAGGCCUUCUCGAGAACUAGGGUUCGCCAUCUCAACCAAAUGAUUGAUAAGAUUGGUGAGAAGCUGGACGAUGAGGAGGCGAGAGAGAAGGGGUUGGAUGAAGCGGCGGCGACGAGAGAGAGAUGGUGGGAGAUGGCUGUUGAGAAUCUUGACAAGGAACAAGUAGAGCAGUUGAUCGCUUUCAUGAAGAAUCUGCAGUCGGAGUUGCACAAAAUGUACUGA